AGGACGGUCACUAUUUACACCGGUCACUAAUGUGGCUCAUCACCGGUACAGCACGCGAAGCGAGUGGCGAUAGACUGUGAAGUGUUUCAAAAUAAUGGUAUAACAGUCCAGACCUGACAACACUAUGGCAGCACCAAUCGUGACAGCUUUGUUCGAUGGAGACUCGAACGGAGGGAAAUACAGAGUGGACAUGGACGCCCGGCCCUUUGUCAGUGGUGCAAGAAAGAUGGUCUUCAAAGGUGCUCUUACUGGAAACGGGGCGAGGAACAGUGAAAUAGUCAUCGUCAAGCCGUUCAGGGAGUUCCCCGCCAGCAGGGAACAGUGUGACACUGAGAUUUCCAAGAACCUGGAGGCGCACAAAAUCUCACAGACUUACAAUGACACCAUGAAGAGCAGCGGGCAGUGGUUACGAUUCAUACUUCCCUACAGAUCGUCCUUGGAACGUGUUGCCAAACUAUCCACGACCAACAACAUGAGCAAAUCACGCCAGCUGGAAUCCGGCGAGUGGGUGCUGAUCGAAGAGUACAUUGGUGAUAACUUCAAGAAAUUCAUCGAUGAUCGCGGCCGGAGCGCUGCUGGGGGAACCUCCCUCUUGCAUGCGUUUGUGCACUUCUCGUACGAAGCUUCUAACAGGUCCCUGGUGAUCAGCUGUUUACAGGGCGUGGAGUCGGACACUGGUUAUCAGCUUGCCACGCCGACCAUUCACUCCUCCGAUUACCGUUUCGGGGAAAGUGAUCAAGGCGAGGCUGGAAUUUUGCAGGUCUUUCAAAACCAUAAGUGCAAUAACAUAUGCCGUGAUUUUGCAAUGCCACAUAUGCUGAAGAAUCUGAAUCCGAUGUGAUUGGUGGUGGCUUCCCAGGCAACCGUGUUUGUGCUCACGGCUUCAGGCUUAAGUUGUCUAUAAUUAUUGACGGGAUUUAUAAUUGUUACUAUUAUUAUGUAUACUUGCCAGUGAUCGUUUGUUGUGAGAGGGAUUGUCGGAGUGAUGUGAGAUGUAGGCUAGAAGUGAUGUCCCCACACCUACCUAGGAUUGUCUGGUAAAUAGAACACCAUGUAUAACAUGCCAUAGGUCCACGAUGUUAUAUCACACUCUGAGUAUGAUGGCCGUGACACUCCCACCCCGUGGAUACCAUUGCAACCCUGAUGAGUCCGUGGUUGCUGCAUUCCUGUGUUCAUAUCAUGUCUGGCAUUGCACAGGCUGUCACUCGCUAAUGCUCACUGUUCAGUACAAAUGAAUAAAAUGCUUUGCAACAGGA